UAGUGGUCCCGUAACUCUUUCUACUACUCCUCUAGGCCAUCUUAUCUUAUUCUCAAGCCCCGGAGAAAUGUGCACCGCACAUUCAGCAGGAAAACCCACUUGAGCUCUAACUUUCUUUUCCCUUUUUAGUAUUAAAUAUGUAAAAAGAGAAAUUUUGCUUAUUAAAGUACUCAAGGCUUGUUUGUUUUACUUAAAUUAAUCUAGGUCAGCAUGGAAAGUAAUGGCAAGGGGUGUCUAUUGACGGUAAACCACUUCCCUUUGAAACUGGUGAAAUUGAUUUUGGUGAACCAGGAGCAAAUAGUCAGCGUAGCUUUUAUCAACUAAUUCACCAGGGACGUGUGGCUCCCUGUGAGUAUAUUGGUGUUGCGAAGAGUCGGCAACCGGAGAGGUUGGAAAUAACCAUGAUGAACUCAUGUCCAACUUCUUCGCCCAGCCAGAUGCCCUUGCAUGUGGGAUGACCCCAGAAGAGUUGUAAAGAAAAACAAGUUUUGUAGCAUCUCGUACCUCACAAGUUGUUGGCUAUCUAUGAACACAGAGUUGUUGUGCAAGGCUUUAUAUGGGGCAUCAAUUCUUUUGACCAGUGGGGAGAUGAGUUAAGAAAGGUGUUGCACGUCACUGCGCGGUGUCGUGGCGAAUAUUCUUAUAUUUAUAUAAUGGCAGAUGCGGGGAGACAAAACAUUCUCGUCUCGUAUCAGUAGAACAUUGGAAUGGGAGUCACCACCUAGUAUUCUGGUCACUAGGAACCCUAACUAGUCUCAGAGAUCGGGCACAUAGACUAGUUGCGUAAAGGGAAGGUAUUAGCACCCCAACUACGCCCUACCUAAGGAAAUUAAGUUCGGAUGUUCCAGCCAAUCAUCCAACUAUUCUUCCUCGGAUAGAACUUCGUUCCUUGACAAUGGAAUAUUUAGAAGCAACAGAUUUAAUGAUGUUCAAGGUUCCGACAAUCCAGCUCCGCUGUCACCGCAGUGGCUUUUGCCAAAACCAGGCGAUAGUAAGCCUGCAGUGGGAACAGGGGAAAGCAGCUCACUUCCAGCUUUUGGCAAUCACUUGGAUAGCAUGAAGACAUCAAGAAACAUCGAGGAGAUGCAUGACCAGAAGAAAAAGGAUGUUUGUGGGCCUUCCUUGCUUGAUAUGAAAACUGGUUGCCAUGGUCAUUGGCGUGAUUAAGAAAGAGACACCAAUUCCCCUGCACGCAAAUAUCGCUGGAGAGAUGGAGAUAAAGAGCUUGGUGAUAGCCGGCGGAUGGACCGCUGAAUGGAGAAUUCGUCCACCAGAAACUAUGAAGCACGACGUGCCCCUUCCGAUUGCUGGGCUGAGUCAAAUAGCAAGGAAACUAAUUAUGAUCAGCGGCGUGAGAGCAAAUGGAACACACGUUGGGGGCCUGAUGACAAGGAUACUGAUGGUUUGUGUGAGAAGUGGAUAGACUCUGGCAGAGAUGGUGACAUACCAUUUGGAAAAGAUGAACGGGAGGAUGAUCAUUAUCAGCCAUGGAGAUCUAACUCCUCCCAAGUUCGAGGGAGGGAAGUGUCUCCUCAUCACCGAACUCCAACUCCAAACAAACAGGUCCCAACAUUUUCUUACAGCCGAGAACGUGGGGAAAAUACUUCAACGUUUUCACUUGGUCGUGGAAGGUUUAGUUCCAGUGGAAUCUCCAUGAGCAACAUUUCUUCUAAUUCUCAAUAUUCAGGAGCUAUUUCAGACAAAGGUGAAAGUGGCACUUUAAGAUACAGUAGGACUAAAUUUCUAGAUGAGUACAGGAUGACUGACAUGAAAUCACGCCAACUAUCAAAUGGGUAUGUGCAAGUGCCUUCUCUUACACUAGAAGAAACCUGUGAGCCACUGGCACUCUGUGCACCUACUCUUCCUGAGGAAAUGUUAAAUUUGUAAAUAUGGAUUACCUGGGAGGAUACUAUCAUUGCCUUUGUUUAUAGGAUUUCUUUAUUGCCUAGGAGGUAGUUUUGAAGGGAAUUGACAAAGGGGGCAUGGUAAGCAGCGGUGCACCUCAGAUAUCAAAAGAAGGAUCUCUUGGUUGGAACUCAACAGAUUAUUCACAUCCAAGGAGAGCCAAGCUUGGCAGUAGAGAAGAUGUGCCACAUUCUUUUGAUGAUGGUAAAGAUGAAAGCCAUGACAAUUCGAUGGGUUGUCAUGGAACAUAUUCUGAUGGAUUUUCUCAUGAAAGGAAGACACCAUAUCAAGGGUCAAGCUCAAAAUUGGAAAUGACGCAGGAACAUAUCAUGUAUCCUGAUAACAAAAGUCCAAAGCUAAAGCUAUUAGAGAAACCAGUCCUUACAAAAAGGCUGAUGAGAUGCCUAUAAGCAGGGAAUUGGUCCUGGAGGGAAAUACUUCUUCGAAUUCUGGCACUCCAUGGCGAGCCCCAUCAUUGGUAGAGCAAUUGAAUACUGUCUCACAUGACUGGAGAGAUGCUUCAGGUGAUUUCAGGUCGAGGGCUAUUGGUAUGGCCUGGAAUCAACUCCAAAAAGAUCCCGAAAAUCCAUGUGAAAGUAAUUUUUCUGAUCCAUCAUUUUCAAGAGAAGAAGCAAAAAGACCGAUGAAGAUCCCAUUAUCAAAAGGCAGCCAUCUGCUGUUCUGGACAGGGAACAAGAAGUCCAGAAGUUUCCACAGCCCUCUCCUGAGAACCUGGUUCUUUAUUAUAAGGAUCCUCAGGGUGAAAUUCAAGGUCCCUCUUCUGGCAGUGAUAUCAUUGGAUGGUUUGAGGCUGGGUUUUUUGGCAUUUAUUUGCAAGUUCGGCUGGCAAAUGCAUCUAAGGACUCACCCUUUUUAUUGCUUGGUGAUGUCAUGCCUCAUUUGCGAGCCAAGGCUAGGCCACCACCUGGUUUUUCCGGGACGAAACUGAAUGAAUUCACAGACACAUCUAGCAGGACAAACACUAGCAGCUUCGGAAACAUGCAUUCUAGCUUAAACGAGCUCAAUAUUAUAAGAAAUGAUUCAAGGUCUAAACCAGGUUCAACAACAGAAACUGAAAACCGAUUCUUGGAGUCACUGAUGGCUGCUACCAUGAGUGCUUCAUCCCAAGAUUCCCAGGGAUUUACUGAGAAUAGUUCUGGUGAUGUGCCGCCAUUGGGAGUUGAUGGUGGGACUGAUCUACACCUGUUGGCAAAGAAAAUGGCACUUGAACGGCAAAGAUCAUUACCCAGUCCUUAUCCAUAUUGGCCAGGAAGAGAUGCUCCAUCUAUGGUUUCAAAGUCAGCAGUUCAGUACUCAGACUCCCCGAUGCAACAUGCAAAACUCCUAUCCUCGUUGGCUGACAAUCCAUAUCAGCCUCCUCUUCUCAAAAUGCUGAUCUGAUGUCCAUUCUUCAAGGCCUAUCUGACAGACCUGCCUCUGGCAUAAAUAAUGGUGUUGCUGGUUGGUCAAGUUUUCCUUUUCAGGGCAGCUUGGAUCUACUUCAGGACAAGAUUGACUUGCAUCAUGCUCAGAAUUUUCCUCCACAAGCACUCUUUGGGCAACAACAUAGAUUGCAGCCACAGAACCCACCUUUAACAAACCUACUUGGUCAAGCUAUAGAUAACACAUCUGGUAUUAUGACACCUGAAAAAUUGUUGUACUCAACAUCUUGCAACAGCAGUACUUGCUGCAGUCACAUUCCCAGGUUCCUCUUGCAACACCGCAGCUUUCAGUGUUGGAUAAGCUUUUGUUACUCAAGCAGCAGCAGAAACAGGAGGAGCAUCAACAGUUGUUGCGGCAACAGCAGUUACUAUCCCAGGUUAUGUCAGAGCUCCAUUCUCAUCAGCGUUUUGGUGAGCCAUCUUAUGGACAGUUACAGAUUGCUGCAAUAGCUACAGAAAAUGCAUUGGAUCCUUCACGGCUUCAACCAUCCAAAGAAUUGUUUCCAAUGGGUCUACAGUUGCCAGUUUCAAAUGUGCAAGAUGAACACACUACCAGUUUCAUGAAUUUGCCGCCUCAAGUUAAUCCAGAUGUAACUUGUAAUGUCAAUUCAGAAACAUCUUCUCUUCAUCUUCCACAUCAAGUGUUUGGGAAUGCCAAUCUUCAAAAAGCUGGAGUACAAUUCCUGGAAAAAUAAGUGAAAUCCAUCAGAAAGAUUCUUUGCCAGCAUCACCAUUUGUUGAUAGCUCGCCCUUGCCACGGCUGAUGAAAAAAUCUACACAGAAGUCUUCUCUUGCACCCGAACCUGUCCUCUCUGCUGACUUCCAUGCCCCUCUUUUGCCGGACCAUACAUCAGAAGUCCCUUGGAGAACUGAAGAAAGUGCAAAGGUUUUGGUAUCGGAGGGUACUGCAGAUUUUGUUCAUCAGAAUUCUCAUGGAGUCUCUGAUCCAAUAGCAUCAGCAGGAACCGGUGAUAAUUCAAUUUCUAAGCCUGAUCGUGCCAGUGCUCUAAAAGUUGAACCAGAUAGCUCACUUGAUGAGCAGCAGGUUGAUAGAGAUCAAUCCGACACCGAGCCUUACGUGUUGACAGAAGUGAAAAACAUUGAAACUCGUGAGGUAAGAAAAGCUUCUGAGAAGAAAUCCAGAAAGCAAAAAUUUUCCAGGUCAACCUCCUCUGACCAGGCAAAGGCAGCAUCGAAGGCUUCCUCUUUGCAGCAAUCAAAGCAAUCUGAAAAUGAGGGCCCAAAUGCUGACCACACAAGAUUCGAGUCACAUGAUGAAACUGGAAUAUCUCUGCACAAGACAAGAGACAAGAAGUUUGGGACUUCUGCAGAAGUUGUGGAUUCCCAGCAGGUUGCAAGCUUAUCACCUGCAAUCACUUCUGGAGAUGAUGUUGGAGCCACAGAAGUUAAGGGUGAAUCUAAACUGGUUGAGUCUGCUGUCUCAGUGCAUAGCAUGCAGAUGCAAUCAAGUCAGCGUGUUUGGAAACCUGCUCCUGGCUUGAAACCAAAGUCAUUUUUGGAAAUUCAACAGGAAGAACAAAGGAAGAUUCAGGUUGGCAUGGCAGUUUCUGAGAUCAGCACUUCUGUCCACCACACAAGCUCACCUACUCCUUGGGCAGGGGUUGUGGCCAUCCCAAAAAUUUAUAGAGAGAUUCAGAGAGAGGUAAAUAAUACUAAGAUAAAUGUGUGUUGACCAAGAAUGACUCUAGAAGCAAAAUAAAAUCUCAGCAGAAUCUAAGUUUGUUUACAGUUAUUAGAGUUUGUUUCUUGUUACUAGUCUAAUGGCUAUUUUUAUUCCAUGUAACAGAAAAUCAGAUAUCCUAGGAGAAUAUCUUGCAAUUCUAUUUUUCCUUAUUGUAUAAAUAAUCAUAUUGAAAUUCAAUAAAAUAUGUGUUCUG